AUGGGUGCACCACCCACCACGAGAGCCACGCGCUCGCGAUACUCGAGUCCGGCAGUGGGUGGUACAGGAGUAGGAUCCCGGGGUUCCAACGAUAGCAGCAGGGACAAGGAGAGCAGAGAUGCGGCGUCGCUAGACCGAUCGAGGCAGUUUAUGGAGGCAUGGAUAGAGCCCGAGCGUGCCAGGCUCGCGAGCUUCCAGGAGGACGGGCUCGUACGGCAGGGGGUGCUGGAGACGAUGGAGCCGUUGGGGACGAGGCCAAAGCCGGCCAUGUUCAAGAAACUGCUGGGGGCGAGCAGCCCUUUUCACGGCGGCGGCGCGUCGGGAGGCCGGGAGGGCUCCUCGGGGCAGGAUGGGAGUGCGUUGACGCUGGGGCCGCGCAAGAAUGGGGGCAAACGCAUUGUGUUGAAGAAGAAGAAUGGUGGUGGUGCUGCGAACAAUAGCUCCAACGGCCAAUUCGACCUGUCGGGCACGCAGUCACCUACCCCCUCCACAGCCGUGGCCACACCUCGACCUUCUUCAACACCUGCACCUGAAGCCGGUCUUGAACCUGAAGUUGAAGCCCACGAAGCAGAUGCAGAAGCAAGACCAGACGCGGAAUCAGAACCAGAAGCAGAACAGGAACCUGAAUCUGAACCUGCACUCCCUCUUCUUGAGCACAAUUCACCUACCCCCACUGCUUCUACUGCUGCAGCACAACACCAAGCUUCAGCCUCGAUCCCACCGACUUCAGACAUCGUCCAGCCUGACUCUGAAGACCAACCUCCCUCAGAAUUGACACCGACCCCUCAACCGCACACUCUACCUGACUCUCACAACUCACCCACCUCUCGGCGCGUGUCUCAGAGCUCACCGUCGCCUUCUCAUCAGUCGCAGUCAAUACCACCCACAUUGCCUCCAUUGACGCAGCCUGCUCUUGCAACACGCUCUGCGUUGUUCCCACCGACAUACUCUUCAAAUCCCUUUCUGCCUGAUCCAGUCAAACAGUCAAUCGAGGAACUGCCCUCAUUCUCCUCAUCUCACUUACCUACGACACCCCGAUCCGUCGCGUCCCUCAACGACAUUGACGACACUUUCUUCAAGCGUGAAUCAUCAGCGCAAAGCGCGUCAAUUUUCGAAAUGGCGCCGGCUACGCGUGCGCAAUCAGCCGCACCUCAGCAGACUAAUCCUGCUCUCCGACCAUCUGCACCUCAGUCGCCCACCCAGCCAAAACGGCGCGACGGGCCUCAUUACACGGCGUCGGAGCUCGAGCGCAUCGUUGCGCAGAAAGAAGUGGUGGCCAAGGCAUUUGAAUCCGCCGUGGCCGAAGCCCUGAAACACCACAGGUACGAUGUCGCGUACGCGUACCAGACCCUCUACGAAGAAUACCAGGGAAAUGGGCGCUUCUUGCUACUGGCGGAAUCUAUUUUCCGCCAAACGGCCAGUACCGAUUCGGUCUUCAAUUUUGGCCUCUAUUUGAACCCCAAGAUAGUCGAGGGAAACAAAGACGCGACUGCUAUCAAGUACUUUGAGGCAGAGGCGCGCGAAAACAAAGAAUACGUGCCCCACCCGCCGCAGCCUGCCCCAUACAAGGAUCUCGUCACCUUGGAUCUGUCAAGGCUGCAAGAACUUGCCGACCACAAGAAACGCAAGCGGAACGAGGACAACAGCACUGACGAAACUACUGACGAGAGUGAAACUCAGCCCCAGCAAGAAGGGCAGAGUCCAGAUCAGUCAGAGGUGAAGCUAGAGACAGCUGAGGUUGAGCCCGAGCCGGUCGCCACACCGCCCCACCCUUCCAAGAGGCAGAAAUUGCAGACUCGCGAACCAUCUACCGGCCGCUCCGCCGGCCGCAAGACUGCAUCUGCAUCUGCAUCGCGCGGAAUGAAUGGCCGUGCAAACGCGUCGCCCUCGCGACGCAAGACUCGCUCGGGCUCAGUGGCUAGUGACUCCUCACUGUCGACGGCCAAAUCUUUGUCCCCACCGCUCUCACCCCCCCAGGAAGCCGACGAGGACAAGCCGAUGCAAGAUGCCGGCGAUAUGGACGUCGCUGCCGCCUCCGCCGCCGAGGCUGUCGCCGGCGAGAAUGAGCGUCCCAGCUCAGCGGGCGCCCCCAAACCCAACGGCGCAGAGCCAGGACCUGGUCCUGAGCUCCAGCCAAUGACGGCGCGCCCAAGGCGGGCACCCGCUAGAGGGCGACGAAGUGCAAAUGCAAAUGCAAAUGCAAAUGCACCUUCCGAACCCAACGCCAACAACGCCAGUCAACAAAACGCAGCAUCAACCAACCUUGUCGGCGAGGCACCAGGCCCAGGAUUACAGCGCUCCAGAAACCCUCGCCGUGGCGCUCCAGACUUCACCCCCACUCAGAGGCUGAGUGAGGACGACUUGACGACCACGCGCAGACGCGCGGCGAGGGAGAAUACCCAUCGUCUAACCAACGACGCCCGAUCCAAGGACGACAGCCACGUCAGAGCCGAACUCAUGCCAGGCUCACUUGUGCGGGAGCAGUCUGUGCAGUCGGACCUGUCCUCGGUGCCAGAUGUGGAGGAGCUGGAGCCGGAGCCAGAACCAGAACCGGAGCCACGUCCAUCCCCUGCCGCUGCAACCCAGUCUGGUCGAGGUGGCAGGACCACCCGCGCUGCAAAGCGUCACCAUGAAGACCGUGAAGGCGAUGAUGCUGCAUCGACGUCGCCCGACUUUGCUACCCACGGAGAGCCUAGCACUGGUGUGACCUCUCGGGCUGCAACACCUGUCCGCCCUGCCAAACGAGCUCGUACUGGUCCGCGACUUAAGGUGUCGCCGGUGAAGAACAAAGCAGGAACAGCGGCUGGAAACCCUCGAGCGCGGGCUGAUCGUGCCAGUCCAACCAUGAAUGGCAAUCCAAAUGCGCAGGUCGAUAAUGAUGAUUUCUGCUCGGCCUGCGGCGGCAACGGCGAGAUUGUCUGCUGUGAUGGAUGCACUCGCGCUUUCCAUCAAUUGUGCCACGAUCCUUUCAUACCCUACAGCGUCCUGAGUGAUGAGGAUGAAGAGUGGUACUGUUGGGACUGCAGCAUUAAACGUGAUCCAGGGCUCGUCCAACAGCAUAAGGGUCCAUGGGGCCCCUUGAUGACUGCGCUUGAUAAGAAGCACGCAGUGAGCUACCGCCUGCCUAAGAAGACCCGGGAGUAUUUCGAGGGGGUCAAGACGGGCCCCGACGGAGAAUACGAAGACUUCGUUGCUCAGCCCAAGGGAACAAAGAGGCAAAAGGUCGUCGAUAAGGUGGAGUUUGACUAUCACCAAGUCGUCGACAAGGACAAUGUCCCGAUUCUGUGUCACUCCUGCCAGCAAGCCACAAGAGGGGACCGACCGAUUCUCCCUUGCUCUUUGUGUGGUCUAUGGUGGCACACCGACUGCUUGGAUCCACCGCGAGCCAUCACCCCAAAUCCAAACCUGUUCAGAUGCCCAUGCCACAUUGAAGAUCUUCUAAGGGACGUCGCCCCGUUAGGUCCGGCUCACAAGUUCCGGAAGAUCAGGGGCCAGUCCGAGAUCUACUACGCCUACCGCCGCGGCAACGUGAAUAAUGGCUACAUUGAGAUUGAAGACGACUCGGAGUCAGCAAGCCACAGCGGCCUUCGUGAUCCAAGCUUCGGCCGCGUUUACCGCCUGUCUUCUGAGGGCGUGCAGGCAGACUUCAUGUCCAAAAUGCUUCGCCAUCGCAAGGCUGUUGGGAAGCCGGUUACAAAGCCCAGAAGGCUCCGCGAGGACGAGGUUAGGGAGCGAACGAAGGCCGCUCUUAGUCUACUCCAGCUCAAUCAAGAACCCUUAGUGUGGCACAAGGGGAAGCCGGUUGAUCCCAAAUCAACGACGGAGAUAACGAGCGUGGCAUCUGUGGAGAAGAUGCACGUCACUGAUCAAUCCUUGAAUUUUGCUAGCGUCGAUGAGCUCGCGGCAAUGAAGGAGGCGACCCGCCAGAUGUACGACAGAAUCAUUUCCGAGUUGAAGAAGCGCGACAAAAAGCAACAUAUGCAGGACAAUGGCGGCGAUGUUGACUCGAACGCAGCAGAAGCUGCUGGUCCUACAUCUACCAGAGCUCACCUCGACGGAAUGUCCCAGAACGGAAGAGACUGCCCCACUCCUACCACCACAGGCAACAGACGACAGAGUGCAGACGACACGAUCCAAGGCAUUGCCAAUAUGGACGGUCCUGAACCUCAGCAGCACACUGCAUCGUCUGUAGUUCAGCCGACUACAACCGCCGCGGAAGAUAGUGCUUCCACUCCUGUUACUGGCCAACAACAAGCCGAUCACGACGAUGACUCCGGCGUCACGCAGGUCGUCUCGAAAAUUGUCAACGCCGCUGUGUCGUCCGUCGUCGGCAACGAUGCCACAUCUACCACCGACACCAUUGCCGACAUGGCUUCGAACCUCGAGAAAAGGAUCGACAAGGAGCCUGCUACCCAGACCGCCGUUGACUCCGCCCUCACCCCAGUCUCCGAAGCAAACAAGGACGGUGACGAUCUGCCUCCAGCUGUCACCAAUAUCAAGCCCGCUACAAGCGGCAUAGAGACGCCCGAGACCGAGCCCAAUGUACCAGACCAGGCCACGUCUCCAGCGGAUGGGAUGGAGUUGGACUAA